UGUUUGGGCUGCCGAUGUUUACGUAACAUAAUAAUCUGGUUGUAAUCAUAACCUGGAAAAUGCGUGUGGCUGUCAAAGUUCGAGUUCAAAAGAUCGGAGGACGAUGGUGGCCUUCGGCCUUGCAAAAUUUAAAGUUUAAUAUCUUUUAGCGCGCAUCACAUCCCAAUUAAGCUCAAUGAUGAUGAUGAUCAUGUGAAAUAGACAGAAGAGAAUGUUGCUUCCACAUAGAUUUCAUCGGCUCACACUCACAUAUGACUUUAGCAAACAAAUCAGGUUCCUGUUCAGUGCCGUCAACAAGAAGAAAGAGUAUCAUGGUCGCAAACUUGUUGGGUACUCCAUGGAUCAGAUGUACAGCGUGGUGGCCGACGUGAAGAACUACAAACACUUUGUGCCGUUCUGCAAAAAGUCGCACAUACUCGUCACGAAAGACGCCUACAUGAAGGCGGAGCUCGAGAUCGGAUUCCCACCGAUCGUCGAGAGUUACACGUCCCACGUGACGCUGAUGGAACCGUACCUGGUGAACGCGCGAUGCGUUGACGGCACCCUCUUCGAGUUCCUCGAAACGAACUGGAAGUUCAGUCCCGGUUUGAAGAGCAACGCUCAAUCGUGCAUCAUCGAUUUCUCCAUACGCUUCGAGUUCAAGUCGCUGUUCCAUUCGCACGUUGCCCUCAUGUUCUUCGAGAAGCUCGUCAAUCAGAUGGAGUGGGCGUUCAUCACGGAGGCGAAACGUCGAUACGGCACCGAAUCCCUGCCCAGCCAUCAGCUGACCACGCCCAAGUCCCGCCCCAGCUAACAGUUCGAUCUACACACACACACACACCUACUUUCAAUAAAAGACAACGUGUGCGUCCGGUACGAACCAAUUUCAGAACGUAAAACAUAUUUAUUAUUAUUAUUAUAAAGUGGAUGAAACCAGUAAGAGUGAAAAAUAAAAUGGAAAAUA